CGGCUGCUAAAACUGACAUGUUGGUUAGCAAGCUAGCUAGCACAUGCUAGUCCCACAUUGGUGUGGUUGGUUGUGAUAAGAUAUAUGUUGGGUUAAUAAUUGGGUAUACGGAAGUUCAGUAGCAGUGUUGUAUUGCAUUACAGGGACUUAUAUUUGUAAAAGACUCUAGUACACAGUACGAGCAGACACGAGCUGUGUCAUAUUUGUGCAACCUACCUGGAAAUACUUGGCACUGAAGGGCAAGGGUUUACUUGUUGGUAAAAUCAGUCUGUAUUAUAUUUUACAAUGCGUAGCAGCUUGAUGGAGUAUAAAAAGAUGGAUGGCAUUUAAUAUUAAUGUGCACACAGAGUAUUUGCAGGCUUUUGGAUUGCUCAUUAUGGGGAAUAUAGUGACAGGGAGCUGAAGCAUGGAGGCAGUUCUGAGCAGGCUGAGGAGACUAAGUGCUGAUGAACUGCGCGAGGAGUUUGCCCGAGCAGACCUCAAGUGCGGCCCUAUCACAGCUACCACCCGAGCCACCUUUGAGAGGAAGUUAGCCCGAGUCCUGGCUGGGCCAGAGAGCAGUGCCACUGAAUCGGACAACAGCUCUUCAACAGGCCUCUCGGGCAGCGCGGCCUCCGUUGCCGAUCAUGCCAAACCUGUGUCAAGUGUCACCUCAGCAGUUGCACCCACCACUGCUACAACAAGCAGCAACCCCACUGAGACUGCCAGCGAAGAGUUGGACUUUGGCUACGGUGUGGGUCUCAACCCUCCAGAGGAAGAGGAGAUCUCAGUAAAGACAACCUCAAACAGCUCUGCUGAAGGCAGUAACUCUCAGUCCAAAACGGAAACCCCUUCAAAGCCGGCGCAAGUGUCUCCAACCUUUUAUUAUGGAGUAUGUCCACUUUGGGAGGAUGUUUUGGCUAGAAAUGAGAGAGCACAUGUGUACACAGAUAAGAAAGAUGCCCUUCAAGCUGUAAAGAUGAUGAAGGGAGCCCGCUUCAAAGCCUUUCCCAACCGUGAGGAUGCUGAGAGGUUUGCUAAGGGGAUCUGUGACUAUUUCCCCUCUCCCAACAAAUCUACACCCUGUGUAUCUCCUGUCAAACCUGGCCUGGUCAUUAGUAAAGACAACAUGGAAGUUGAUACCAUCAACCGGGAGCGGGCCAACAGUUUCAAGAGCCCACGCACCCAGGACCUGACCGCCAAACUGAGGAAAGCUGUGGAGAAGGGCGACGAGGUGGCCUUCAGCGAGCUGGUGUUGAGCAACCCACGCUAUCUCAUUGGCUCAGGGGAUAAUCCCACUAUUGUGCAGGAGGGCUGCCGGUACAACGUAAUGCACGUGGCAGCCAAGGAGAACCAGGCGGGAAUCGCCCAGCUGCUGCUGGACACCUUGGAAAACCCAGAGUUUAUGCGCCUCAUGUACCCAGACGACCAGGAAGUUAUGCUGCAGAAACGUAUCCGCUACAUUGUAGAUCUUUACCUCAACACUCCAGAUAAGGCUGGAUUUGAAACACCACUCCACUUUGCCUGUAAGUUUGGCUGCCCAGACGUGGUCAAUGUCCUGUGCUCGCAUCCUGACAUCGAUAAGAACUGUAAGAACAAGGAUGGCCAGAAGCCAUGUGAUCUUAUUUGUAGCAGAAGAAAUAAAACCCAAGAAGUGAAGCAGAAGAUAAGUGACUAUUUGGAGGACCGCUGCUAUAUCCCUUUGCUGAGGGCAAGCGACAACACCUCUCAGCCUAUCAUUGGUGGUCUGUGGUCACCUGAGUCCUCAGAAAGUCUCUCACUGAUCCAGCGGCAUACAAGAAGCCCGAUGGAUCCAGUGAUGACUGUCACAGCCUUUGCUGGCCCGCUGAGCCCUUCUAAAGCAGAUGAUUUCCGUCGGUCCUGGAAGACGCCGCCCAGAGACCGGGCAGAGCUUUUCCACCACAUUUUUAAGUCUGAUCCUGAUCGUGGGGCAGAGAGAGUGGGCAGAGACCUGGCUCAUGAGAUGGGCCACCCGUGGGCUGAGUACUGGGACUUUUUGGACAGUUUUGUGGAUCUGUCGUCGUCUGAGGGGCUCCGCAAGCUGGAAGAGUACCUUAGCAAGAGGGAUUUCAGCCCACGGGCUCAUGAAGAGACUGGGGAGAAUGAGACCAGCAACAGGUUCAAAACCCCCUCUCCAGGUAAACCCAAAAAGUUCUGCAACUCCAUCUCUGUUGGUGCCUUCCUGGACGAGGGUGAUGACAUCAGCCUUGAGGAGAUGAAGAACCGGCAGAACGCAGCACUCACCAGCAUCACCUCCUCUGCUGCAUCCAUGGACGGCCUGAAGGGCGCAGUGGGUGGCCGUGAGUUCCGCAUCCUGCCCAUCGCGCUGCACCACCGCGGGGCCGACCUGAUCGAGACAGCGGCCGAGCAGGACCUGCUGUGCUGCUGUGAUGACGGCCUCCUGUCGCCCGGCGUUGUCUGCAAAAAUGGGGUGUGCUCCUCCUCCAGAGACAGGACUCACAAUGGAGACAAGGUGACCUCUCGCACCUCCCCGUCCUCCUCUUGCCUGCUGUCGCCCAUCUCCAACCUCAUGGUGGAGUUUGAGCGCAUGUCGCUGCAAGAGCCGCUGGACAGCCCCACCAGCUGCAGGGAGAGGAGGAGCAGUGGCGGGAGCCGGCACAGGGAGGUCCGGGAAUCCUACAGCUCCUCAUCAGCCACAGACCUGAGCUCCGGACUGAACCGCCUGUCUCUUGGUCACAGUGGUCAGGACGGUGAGACCUUGGAGGGGCCAGGCUGGAGAACAGAGGGAGGAGGGACAGAGGAGAGGCGUAGCAGCGGCAGCUCAGAGGAGUACUUUGAAGCAGAAGAGAGUCUGGAGGUGCUGGGCAGGACUAGGGGGUCAGUUUCAGGGGGGCGCAACUUCUGUGCUAGAUCCAAGUCAUGGGACCAUGGGGGGAGGGAUCUGAGCAGUUCAGGAUCCUCUGGGUCCUCCUAUAAGUCCUUAGAUAACUCCAAUGAGUUCCCACCCAGGACCCCACCGCACAUUAGAAGAGGACUUUUCAUUGAUGGGGAUUCCCCAACCAAGUUGGACAGAGAGGUCUUGUAUGCAACAGAAGGCGUAGAUGUCGAUGCCCAGAAGUAUCCCAGCAUUCAUAAGUGGAAGAGCACAAUGAAGUCGUACUCUGCAUCAGACAUGCAGAACUGGCCCAGCCCUGCGGUGGUAAAACCACGACUCAGGAUGCAGCAUCAGACUCCCGGCUCCCCGGGCAGCGGCCUGAUGUCUCCCACUGGUCGCUUCAGUCCUGCCCGGCAUGCCGCCUCACCAGACUUCAGCCCCAGCCGUUACAGCCCUGCCAAUGCUAGCUACAUCCAGCGCAUCCGCCUCAAGCACUUGAAUGAGCCACCAAUCUGACUGUCCGCGCCUCCUACCACUACGGCCAUACCCUCUCCAAGCCCCAACCCCACCACCCUUUCCCACUACAAACCCAGCUGCACCAAGGUGGCUACACCAGAGCUCAGAAACCACAUACCUAACAGAAAUAUGCACAAGUGUCUGGAAGAUUUGUAUUAAUGAUGUAUCGUACUACUCCUAUGUAAUACAGGAAUUCUCAUCACGUUGGGUUGUGAUGUACACUCAAGACUUUAAAAAGGAAAAAAAGAAACCUUGAUAAUUUAUGUACUGUAUGGGUGUGGACCAUGUUGAAUUGACAGUAAUGUUAUUUGUGGCAAGUGUGAAGCACCUGUAUCAUAACCUGAGUCAACUUUUUUGAAUAUCGUGAAUAUAAGCCGCACUCCCCAAAGUUAGUUCAUCACUAAAACCUUGGUGUGGAAUAUCCAACAGGAUUCUGUCACUGAAGAUGUUCUUAAAAAAAGUAAAAUGUCAAUAUUUUAAAAGUUAUUUUUUGUAUGUUGGUCAGUAGCACAAAAAUGUAAUGUUUUUAUUAAUGGUGUUAAAACCGACUGCCAUUUCCUAUGUUAUCCUCAGUUCAGGAAUUGCCUUAAUUUUCUGAAGUGAUGAGUCCAGUUCUCUCGUCAAUUUGGAAACUCUAACUCAUACAUAAAAUAUCUGGAAAUGGCGACUUCACUGGCUGCAUCGAUCAGAGAUGAUUACGGCAAACAUGGGAAAAACUGAUAAGUUUGAGAUCUUCCAUGUUUUUAUUUUGUUCUUCAAUAAAUGCACACAUUCUCCAUCUUUUCUCGGUGGUUCCUGGACAUGUCUUGACUUUUCAUUUCUGCCACUACCCGCGGCCUUAGACUGUGCAAUUUAUAUUUUUUUCUCUGAAGUAUCUUUAAAUUCACAAGCAUCUCCCACUGUGUAUGAAUGACAAAACACACCCAUCAGUAAAGUGUAAUUUGAAAUUUGUCUGGGCUAUACCUUAAAAUUGCCCAGUUUGAGACCACCUUAAAGCUGUAUUAAGCAAUUUCUAACCACUAGGGGGCAGAAAUACUCCAAAACUAACUCAUCCGCAACAGAACCCUGAUAUAUCCGUUAUUAUGGCCAUCUUGUUAAAAAACUGCCUUACGCUUACAGGGAUCCCAACUGAUUAGCUGAGAGCUGGCUAUUGAUUCUCAGUGGGGUCGGCAGUACUAGCAACUCUUUUCACAUUACAAGUAGUUUGAUUCAGUAUUGAUUUCAAAAUUAGCACUUUAGAGAGCUUUAAUACCCAGUUGUGUGCCAUGAAUAUCUUAGGUGGUUCAAAUUGGCUUACAGUAAACUCAUACAGGUUCUUGCAAUUCUCCAAAACAUGUUAAGUCUAAUGGUGACUUGUGAAUGUGCAAAAACCUGCUGGAUCCAAAUUAUUUGUAAUUUAGGGAUAAAUUCUGUGCUUUAUGAGGAUUUAUCAGCUAUGUCUAGGACAAAAAAAAGCCAAUCAUUUUGAAUAUUCAGAUUGCCACUCUACUUAGGUUGAGAGAAACAAGUGUUCUGAAUGUACUUUUUUUUUGUGAACUAAACUUUUAUUGAGAGCACAAACUACUUCACUGAGAAGAUUGUAUUGUCAUCCUUGUGCUCUCAGGUGACAACAGAUCUAAUUCUGGUCUCUGAAUGUUUAUGAAUGUGGAACUUUGCAAAAAUGCACCUAAAAAACUUAAAACAUGCUUCUUGUGCUUUUAGCAUUUUGUGCUUUGUUAAAAACUUUCAUGGUGAAUUCUCUUUCUGUAUGUCUAGACCUCAUUUGCUUUCAACUAAUCAAUAAAACAUCACCCCUACUUUA